GCUCGGUUCUGAAUGGGGAGUUCAGUCCAUAUACUGACAGUCCAGUCCAGUCCAGUAGCACACCCGGAGAAAGUACACUCAUCCCGGCAAGUCCGCUGCUCUCACACGCGCACCGGUACUCCACGCGCCCCCGGUAGUUCACACUCAUUCAGGUAGUCUGCGCGUGCACGACUCAGUGUACCGACUCCUCUUCUUUUUCUUCUCCUUCUUCUUCUCAGCCCGGAGAAGUUAGUGCACUGACGGGAGGAGUUGUCGCUGUCUGUCCAGGAAUGAGAGAUGAUGGCCGGCUCUAUAGCAGAGGAGAAAACCUUCCGACGGUUCCUGGAGCUCUUCCUGCGGGAGAUGAGGAUGCCUCUGCAGGAGAGCGACCCUCCGCCGCUGCGCCCCUUGUCGGACUUGAUGACUGAGGACGAAGUGGAGGGGGAAUGCCUCGACCUGUGUCUCCAGCACCUCUACAAAUAUAACUGCCCCUGCUCUCUGGCUGCAGCUCUCGCCCGAGCCACGGCCGACAGCCUGCUGCAGAGCGACCUCUCCAUUCACCACCUCAACAAGACCCCCGAGGAGGGACAGGACCCUGUAACACAGAUGGAGUCGGUGAAGUUGGCCUGGUUGGUGUUCAACCGGCUCUUCGAGGUGUGCUGCCUCUGGAUGAAGGACCUGCCGUACCGCCGCCGCCCGCAGCCGUACUACGAGACGUCCAUCCACGCCAUCAAGAACAUGAGGCGCAAGAUGGAGGACAAACACGUCAUCAUCCCCGACUUCAACUCGCUCUUCAAUGUUCAGGAUCAGGAGGAGCAGGCUUACUUUGCCGUGUUUGACGGUCACGGCGGUGUCGACGCUGCGAUCUACGCUGCCAACCACCUCCACGUCAACCUGUUCCAGCAGGAAUGCUUCAGACAGGACCCGAUGGAAGCGCUCUGCAAAGCCUUCAGAGUCACCGACCUGGCAUUUAUGAAGAAGGCCCGACGAGAGCACCUGCGUUGUGGCACGACGGGCGUGGUGACGUUCCUUCGGGGCCGCACGAUGUACGUCGCCUGGCUCGGAGACUCCCAGGUGAUGCUGGUCAGGAAAGGGGAAGCGGUGGAGCUGAUGAAGCCACACAAACCAGACCGAGAGGAUGAGAAGCUGAGGAUCGAGGCUCUGGGAGGCUGUGUGAUCUGGUUUGGCACAUGGAGGGUUAACGGCAGUCUGUCUGUAUCCAGAGCAAUAGGCGACUCCGAGCACAAGCCUUACAUCAGCGGGGUUGCAGACCAUGACAUCUGCCCUAUGGACGGCACAGAGGACUACCUGAUUCUGGCCUGCGAUGGUUUCUGGGACACGGUCAAUUCUGAAGAGGCGGUGCGAGUGGUGAGCGACCAUCUUGAGGAGAACAGCGGAGACACCGCCAUGGUGGCCCACAAGCUGGUAGCCUCGGCCCGGGACGCAGGCUCCAGCGACAACAUCACCGUCAUCGUGGUGUUCCUGCGGGACCCUCGCUGCCCCCCACCCGGCGGCACUGAGGACAGGGAAGAGGGGGUGGUGGUGGGGGAGGAGGUGGAGGAGGAGGAUGAUGAGGCUGGAGGGGGAGAGCGCGACGGGGGAGAGGGAGGCAGCAAUGCGGACAACGGGGGGAAGGCUCGCGGCGGCUGGCCCCUGCAGCAGUGCUCGGCCCCCGCUGACCUCGGAUACGAAGACCGAACGGACUCGCUCACAGACAGAACGAGCCUCUGCCUGCUGGGGCCAGCUCUGGAGGGCCGCAUCUCGCUGACGGGGGCCACGAGGCAGCCGCGCUCCAUCUUUGGCCUCGACGUCUUCUCAACCUCCCACGUGUAUCCAGAGCUACGCCCACUGAGGCGCAGGUCCUGUCUCCCCUUCCUGACGCCCAGCAUGUCUAGCUUCACGGACCCCCUGUGGCCCCAGACUGCCAUGUUGUUAGGCCAGGUAGCGAGGCGGAGCCACGGGCCCGGGUAUGGCGGUCGUCGUCGGAGACCCGGAGCCUCCAAGGAGCUGCUGGGGCUGCUACCCUGCGGCCAGCUGCUGCCACACACACAGCGCCGCUCCAUCAGCAGGCCUGGAGCUGCAGAGCUUCACCUGCCCCAUGAUGCCUCCAUUUAGAGAGGCGACCCAAACCAUCUCCUUCAUUUAUUCAUCGGCCCCUCAGCUCGCCCUCACAUCCACCUCUGCCUUCAACAACACGUCUUUCUUUCAUAGUCGAUAGUUGUUGCUCCUGCUGAAUCUCUGUCGGAGGAGUGGUGCUCUCUGUUCUAAUAUUUCCCAAUGUAAGCUGGCCCACUAAACACAAGCCCUGCUCCUUAAUGCUAAAAAACGGCAUCCUUCUCCAAUGUUCACUUGCAUUCAACACAUUAAAGUUGAAUUGUAAUGCUUGGUCGCUCGUGGUUUAAGCAGGGUCUGUUUUUAACAGAAAGAAAAAAAGUUAUAGGACCAAAUAUAAAUUUGAUCUCAUCACUUGCUUGAGAAAAGUAAGAAUUCACACUACUUGGCCAAAACUAUGUUGAAACCUGAAAAUUGCACCAAAAUGUGAUGGUGAACAUGUUAUUACAAACCCCUGAGUAUUGAUGUGCUAAUUAAACUGUUAUUUCUUAAGAUGUUGGAUCCUGGCAGCACAGAUUUGCUCACUUUCAGCUACAACAGCAUUAUCGAGGCUUUUAAAUGUUAAAAAGACUCUCUUUUGUCAUUUGUUUUAGCUGUAGCGUAGCAUUAAGAUUUCCCUUAACCCUAAGACUAAAUUCAUCUUUUGCAGUUUUCGUGUGCUUUUUUCACCUCUGAUUUGGAAACAAGCUACAUAGUAAACAUAGCUGUUCAAAAGCAUACUUAAAUAACAAUAACACUAAUAGAUAGUGUGAAUUAAGAAGCGCUUUAUUAUUUACAAAAUAUCACCAUACGUGUAUUAUUAACAUAUCAUCACUAUUAUACAUUUUGAAAUAUCAUGGGCAACAUCAAUGCUGGUAUAUCAAAACAUCUUUACUUACAGCUGUAAAUGGAGGAUGUGCCAACACUUUCUUUUGAGAAAGCUGUUGCCUACGUUGAGAAAAGCUACACAAUUUGAGUUUAAUAUAUGGUUCGUCUGGACCAUAAAUUAAACUCUAAUUUUGUAGCUUUUGAGAGGGCUGGAACAAUUUUUUUCCCUGUUCUUUUGUCCUCAUACAGACAAUCGUCCAGCUAUUAUCCAGCCACAAUCUGUCUACAGAUAAAAGCACUUAACACAGGAUUAAAAAAGAUUAGCAGUCACUUACCUGAAUACAAGCUUAAUGUCCUCCAGUAUUCCAAAUGGUGAUAUACUCCAGAGAUAAUAAGUGGAGAAGCAUUUAAUAGAUGUUGUUGGUGCCCACGUUGCAAAAAGUGUAUUUACAAUUAAACAAAACCCAUUGAACAUAUCUUAUUUCAGCAGGCUUAUUAAGUGUGAGCUAUUAAAAUGUUUGGGUCAGGAUAUAUAAAAGCUGCAGAGCACGUGCCUUUCAAGUGUGUAACAAAAGUCUGCUUCCUGUACACAUAUAUUCAGUUAUUACAUUACUGUGCUUCUGUUAAGUACAAGUCUGGCCUUCAUGACUCUGUGCCCCUUUUAAGGAAUAGUUUAAUAGUGUUGGGUAAUAUAAUACUUACCAUUCUUUCCAAGAGUUAUGUUAUGGCUGUAGCCUAUGCUAAAAACGAAGCUACAGCUAGCAGCUAAUUAGCUUAGCCUAGCAUAAAGACUGGAAGGCGGAACAGCUAGCUUUAGCUUUAGCCUCUGUCUUUUAGUAGGAUAUAUGUAUAUUUAGGAGUUGUUUAAAAGUCAAAAUACUUGCAAGCUUUGUAGUAAUAUAACAAACAUUGGAUUAAACCAAAAACAUAUAAACCGUUAUGCUACAAGGACGUUGUUAGCUCAAAUCUUACCGUAGUCAUUUUAGGAAAAAAUAAGAUAAUCCACUUCAGAGAGCAGAGCUUAUUUAUCAGUAAAUAAUGAGGUCCUCACCAAUUUAGGCCGACUCCUGCGACAGUAAAGGACAUUUAUCACUGGAUAUCUCUCUGGUUUGAUGUAGAUUCAACAAUGGAGAGCCCCUCUUCCCUGCUGACAGUGGAGCAGAUAUUUAAGCAAUUUUCCAACUCAAGUCUUUAUGACACGUUUCAUAACACCUGGCUAGCAUGAAAGCCAGUUUCUCCAUCAACAUUCAUUGGUCCAUACUGUGUAUCUAACAGCAAAUAUGCUAGUGUUCCUACUCAACAAUAUUAAUGCAUAGUAAUAAUUAACUAAAUGUAAUCAUCAAAUAAUACUGAUUAACAGGGUAAAAAUAAUAUUAGCACACAGACUGAUCUGUGUCACACAAUAGUAUUACUGUGUCUAACCAUACUUAAUGAUUAUGAACUAACUGCACUGCAAACUUGGUCUGAAACUAUGAAAUCAUAGCUAAACCCAAAAAAAUGCUUUGGUGGCAUCUUUAUAAGUUUGGAGCAAGUGACUGUUCACUAAACUAUUUAAUCUGAGAUGGUAACGUUUGCCGUUUGUUUUUUGGGGCUGGGGAAGGCAAAAAAAAAGACACUCGCAACUCAUUUUAUACCAAGUAUUUGGAAGAAUCCUUAGUUAGACAGCGUGUCGUGCCCAUGGAUGUAUAGGUCGUGCCCCGUUGCGAGUGGGGUGUAUCAAACGGCCAUUUUGGACACAUUUAUUAUUCCCUAACAUUCCUUAACAUCGUCAUUCCCACAUUCUUUGGUUGAAUUUCCAAACGCCAGGACGUGAGUGACGACCAGGUGCUGUAAAUUGAGCCUCCACUUUUGUGGCAGUCACACACAUAAGGUGGUAUCCGAAAAUGUGAUUCACCAGGUACUGGUUUGAGGGUCAGUCUUACUGGUAAACCAUUAUGUGGACUGACAGAGCAUCAGUGGAGCAGAAUGUACCUCAAGGACUCGGUGUCGAAAUUAGUAGGUGUCUUUUUUUUCGAUUGGCGAAGAUUCGCAUCUGAAAAGGCAUCUUAGAUAUGAGGAAUGUCCUGCCGGGACUCUACACAAACUAAAGCCACUGGAUCCCUUUUAGGGAAAUAUCACUGCAGUCUGUCAAAAGGCUAGUUGAUACACAAAGAAGAUCUGGGGGAAAUAAGGAUAUCACAGUCAUAUAUAAUAUAUUACGAGUACUUAUUGUAAGUUUCUUAAGAAGUGUACAUAUUAUAAUUCUGUCUUGUAAAUCAGUGGUUUUAAUCCAUGCUCCACAAGGAUCUGGAUCCCAAGCCUUGCUUCACCGAGGUGGAGACGAGGGUGUGAUGUUAUCUAGGGGCAUCUGUCUAUAAACACUGCCGCUGCCUUCAAAAAGCUACUGAACUAUAUCAAAAGGUUUUUAAAAAGUUUGACUUUAACUGGAAGAGUUUUAGUUAAACUAUUGUGGCCUAGCUGCAGUUACACCCUGCUUUCUUACCCUGACAGGAAAUAAAAAAAACUGGGGAGAACGUUCUUUAAGAUGUUAUUAUUGGCUUAAAAUACUGUUUCUCCAAUCUGCAGCUUGGAUUUGAACAUGUUUUAUCAGUAACAGCCUUUAAAAGAAAAACAUCUUGCCAAUCAAAUUAUAUCAGUACUUUUUAGAUUUUUUAUUUCCCAGCUCAGCAGGUGUUAGUUGAUUAGCUUGGCGUCGAUUAGAGAUGAGUAACACUUGAGCUGUGGUGAUGAUUGAGGUAAAAUGGAGUUUCACUUAUAACCACUGUGUUGCAAGUCUUUUAGAUAACAUUAGAUAUUUUACAUGGAUCACACAGGGCAGAAAACUCUAAAGCUGCAACAGGGACAUUUUUUGGUCUAUGGAUCUUGUUAGAAUGACAACGUUUUCUCGGGGAGUCUUACAAAUAUUCACUUAGUCUAUUAUUCCUGUAAUACCCACAACAAUAGCUAAAUUAACAAUAUUGCUAAAGAAACGUCAUUCUGGUUUGGUGAAAACCAUCGCAUAGCCAUUGCUGCAGAAAAAAACGAUAAAAAAGUUUAAAGUCCUGAAACAUCACCACAAGUUAUUAGCCAACACACAGAAGCUUAGCACGUUAGCAUGCUAACUGAAAUGUCAUUAGACUUGCAGGUAUUUGAUCAAAAAGUAUUGGACAAGUAAUUGACCUGCUGGUGGCACUAGAUGACACAUUCAAAUUUGACCUAGAACAAAAAUGUUAUCCUCAAAGUGCGCUAGAGAAAAAUACAGAUGAGCACAGACGUCCGCAGGAUUCAUUCUCUGGGGGAAACGAAAAAUAUAGUUUUUUAAACAUAAGUCUGUACCAAGAUGACCAUUUUUGGACUGUGGGUGCUCUUUAUGAUUUCUAUAAUUACAACACAAUAGGUUUUCUUUUUACAGUAAGAUAGUUUGCAAGAUGCUUGGUGUUUUGUCAUUAUAACAAGAUCUAACAACAAAUUACUUUUUUUAAGAUCACAGAUGUGUUUUUUGGUAAAUGGUGGGGAAUAAUUGAAGCACUAUUGUCCCACCUCAGAGCAGCUGCAGCUGAAGUAGUUUCACAGCAGAUGUUCAGUGUUCAAACUCUGAGAUCUGGAGGGUAACACAGACGGGAUUUCAAGGGUUUCAUUCACAAUACCUUCGCCAAAAUCAGUUAUACAGUGUUACUCAAAAUAUAUCGCAAACUGCCAGAAGUUGUCACUGUAUGAGCAAUAAAAACAUCACUCUACCUAAGCUCGAGAAACCCACACGUCCUCCCUCACUCACGCUUUGCUUGCACUAAAACGUUCCUCUGAGUCGGAUGUUUCCCUCCCUACAGAGGCCCUGAGAGGCAAGUGAGAAAAAAAGCGAAUCUGGUGUUACAAGUCUGAUUUAAAUAGUUUUCCAUUGACUUAAACGUCAACAUAAAGGAUGUGUUGAUUACAACCACAAGGAGGGGGAAAUUGAGUAAUAAUCCUUGCAAAAAAUUGUAUUACCACCUGUAAUAAAACCAGGUGAGACACCUUUUGGUUCAAAUCAGAGAUGAAGACAAUCCCUUUCCUCUCAGGGUGUCUGUCUGUAAUCGUCGACGAUGAAAGCCAGCAGAAGUUCAGCUCUGCUCUCCUAUAAUCACUGUCUCAACUAUAGAGUGCCCCUCCAGGAAUCUGCACUGUGUGUCUGUGAACACGCAAAAAAAGCUUUUUCUUUUCUCUGUAAGCAAUAAUGAAGUUGCAUUAAAAGGCUCUCUGAGGGCUUGUCUUCUGCUGAAGAAAGGAAAGGUCACCGAGCAGAAUCCCUGAAGCUCCUGAAGUCCUUUUCUCAUUCAUCUUUCCCUCCAUAGAGAACAGUAUGGUCACUGUACACUUCCUGGGAGAGGGUCAUUUGGAGCUAAAACAUUUUGAAACGUACAUGUCUGUGGGAAAAACGAAUGUGAAGAAAAUGGCAGGAUGUUUGAGUAAUUUUCAACAAUGUACAUUUAAAAAAAAAAAUGCUUAGACUUCUUUGCACUCUGUUUAAAUGUAUGCUAAUGUGGUUAAUAAAGGGGAGGGUGUAUAAGAUCAUGGAGGGCUGGGAUUAGUCCUCUCAGUUGGAAGACAAGCCCCAUGAUUGGCUCUUCUUCAACAAGCAGGUUAGGUUAAAAACAAACAAAAAAAACUGUAAACACACGUUGAGUACCUGUAUUAUGUGUUCUUGUAGUAUAUACAUUAUGUGUACUGUAACUGGUGACUAAAUAUCAUGUAUAUAAAGAUUAGAACAAGUCCUC